AUGUCGGCUACGACCACUUCCACGCUCACCACCACCACACUUGUUGGAACGAUGAAGGGGGUCGGGAUCUCUGAAAAACAAUGCCCCAUGUGCUGGGGGGAAGGACUAUAUGAUUCUGGAGCUCAGGAUCGAAUCCACGAGUUGGAGGGGCAGCUGCAUAUGUUGACAGCUCGCGCUUCGGCGACAGCAACAAAACUCACCGAAUAUGAAGACGAACUCCGACGCCUACGCCCUCAAUCUCAAAAUCAAAACUACGCAACACCACAUCAACCCCGACCAACAACCUCACCCGAAACAUCAACAUCAACAACAGCAACCUACCACAGCCGCCUAGCUACCCUCACCUCCCUCCUUCCUUACCGUCGCAGUAGCGCAACACCAACCGCCACCAGCACGACCGUCCCCGCAGCCCCAACACCACCACCAACCUCCUCCUCAGUCCCACCCCCAGCCACACCAACCCUCCCACACCACACCAACCACCACCACCCCGCGCCCGUGUCCGCCUCCCCAGCCAGCAGCGACAACACCUCCGAACUCCAAGACGCUCUCGAACGCGAACAAGGCCUGCGCAAAGCGGCCGAAAGCCAGUUGUCGCAGGCGAGCACGGAGCUGGAGGAGUUGACCGUGCAAUUGUUCAGCCAGGCGAACGAGAUGGUUGCGCAGGAACGCAAGGCGCGCGCCAAGCUGGAGGAGAGGAUUGCUGUACUGGAGCGGAGGGAUGUAGAGAAGAGAUCUCGACUGGAAAAGUUGGAAAAUGCUAUGGCUAGAGUUGAGCGGUUGAGGGCUUUGGUUAAUCGAUGUUAG